CCCGCUGCUUGCUUGCAGCAGCCGAGGAUUUUCUGGUAAGAGUCGCCGAUCAUGGCGACCCUCCCGGCUGCGGUGCUCAGCACCCGCGGGGCGAUGAAGCAGGGCAGGUCCUCCUUCUCCGGCCACCGCAUCACGAUCCUCGGCGCCGGCGGCUUCAUGGGGCGGUACGUCACGUCGCGGCUCGGCGCCGUUGGCUGCCAGAUGGUGCUGCCCUACCGUGGCGACGAGCUGUACAUGCGCCACCUCAAGCCGAUGGCGGACCUCGGCGCCAUCUCCUUCGUCAAGUAUUCCAUCCGUCGGCUCGAGGAUGUCGAGAAGGUCGUGGCGGGGAGCGACGUCGUCAUUAACCUGAUUGGCCUCAAGAGCGAGACCAAGCGGUGGUCCUACCAGGACGUGAAUGUGACCUUCCCCGCGGUGCUGGGGGAGGUGUGCACCGACCACGGCGUCGGCCGCCUCAUCCACCUCUCCGCUCUCGGCGCGGCGACCGACGUCGACUGUGGCUGGCUGAGAAGCAAGGCGCUGGGCGAGGCGGCCGUCAAGGACGCCUUCCCUCUGGCGACGGUGCUGCGGCCAGCGACGUGCUUUGGCGAGGAGGACAAGACCUUCCUCAACUCCAAGGCCAAGCUCUGCCGCCACCUCCCCGCCUUCCCCCUCGUCGACGGCGGCGGGGCGCGCGCGCAGCCCGUCUUUGUCGACGACGUGGCGAAGGCGGUCGUGUCGGCGGUGUGCGACCCGUCGACGGCGGGUAAGACGUACUCGCUCGCCGGGCCUGGCAUCUACACCCAGGCCGAGCUCGCGCAGAUCGUCUUCGACGGCAUCGGAGACGAGUCGACCGCGAUCUCCGUGCCAAAGGCGGCCGCGAUCGCCGCCGCGAGCGCCACUGCGAUGCUGCCUGAUCCUUGGAUGUGGCCCGACCUGGUCAAGCUCGAAGCGGUGGACACCAUCCUUGCGAAUGAGCCGACUGGCACUGGCACCCUCGCCGACCUCGGCGUCUCCGCCACGUCAAUGGACCCUUUUGCGCCUCGCCAGAUGUUUGUGUACAAGAAGAAGUCGCCCUUCAUCGACGACACCGUCCACGUGCGCGAGCCGUCCUAGUGCCGUCCUAGUGGGCGAGAGCGGCUCUGGCACACGCGCCGAUGGGCCUGUCGGUGCCUGGUCGUGUGCGGCGCAGGCGCGUAGCGAGCGGGCGAGUUGCGGUAUGCGGAUACGGUUCGGGGCACUGUACACAACCAUCACUGGACACGGCACAUGUUUGGGCUGCGCAAGAAAUCGAAGCGCAAGUGCCCUCUCUCUGACCACGAUCCGCGUGCUAGCGGCGAGCUAUGUAGUACAAACUACAAUAUUUUGUA